AUGAAGGCAAUCCUCGCAGUGCCUCGCACUGAAUUAUUUCUACGGUCGACUCGUUCCCGCCCUGUUUGUCUACAGAAAGCCCGCGCCGCCAGAUCCUUUGCAACUGAGGUCAAACAUUCCACCGCUAUUCCCGAUUCUGAUGCGAAGAAGGAACGAGUCGUGAUCCUCGGGUCCGGCUGGGGCGGCUACUCACUUUCUCGAAAGCUCGCUGCGCAAUCGUUCGCGCCCGUCGUCAUCUCCCCGCGCUCGUACUUCGUCUUCACGCCGCUGCUGACGGACGCCGCAGGCGGGUCGUUAGAUUUCUCGAACAUCGUGGAGCCCGUGCGCGAUCCGCAUGCCAAGGUCGAUUUCAUCCAGGCGGCCGCGCGCAGCGUCGACUUCCAGAAGAAGACCGUGCUCUGUGAAGCGACGGUCGUGAAGAGCGGCGUGACGGAGUCGCCGCGCACGCACGAGAAUGAGCGCGAGGCCGAGGAGGGACCCGAGACAACCAAGUACCAGCCCAUGCAGGGAGCACGGGACUGGGAGAAGGGCGAGAUGUUCGAGGUGCCAUACGACAAACUGGUAGUUGCUGUCGGCGCCGUCAGCAAGACGUUCGAUACGCCCGGCGUGCGGCACAACGCCAUGUUUUUCAAGGAUAUCGGCGAUGCGCGGCGUGUCAAGCGUCGCGUGCGGGAGUGCUUCGAGCUGGCCGUCUUACCGACCACGAGCCCUGAGAUGAGGCAGUGGUUGUUGCAUUUCGCCAUCGUGGGAGCGGGCCCCACUGGCACCGAGCUGGCGGCGUCCCUACGCGACUUCAUCUAUAAGGAUUUAGUUCGGUUGUAUCCGGGUCUCCAGGGCAUCCCGCGCAUAACGCUGUAUGAUGUGGCACCAAAGGUGCUGUCGAUGUUCGACGAGUCACUGUCGCGGUAUGCCAUGGAGACCAUGAAAAAAGAGGGUAUUGAUAUCAAGACGUCGCAUCAUGUGCAGGGCCUGCGAUGGGGUGUCCCCGGCGCCGAGCCACCGUAUCCGAUGGAUCCGAAGCGGUGUCUAACGCUGACUACAGAAGAGGAAGGUCAAGUGGGCGUGGGUAUGUGCGUGUGGGUAACAGGCAACGCGAUGAACAAGUUCGUGCGCAAGUCGUUGCAGGACCUUGAGACGUUUCCCCAUGGGUCGGCUGUCAUCAAGGAUGGAUCAUCGUCAUCCGAUACCCAAACGUGGCACGUCAAGAAAGCCCCCAAAGUCGGCGCCCUGCUGGUGGACGGGCACCUACGCGUGCAGCUCGAGAGUGAGGACGGCACGACGGCUGUCCUGCAAGACGUGUUCGCGCUCGGCGACAACGCAAUGCCUGAGACGGGUGCGCCGCCGGCUACAGCGCAGGCGACGUUUCAGGAGGCCAAGUGGCUGGCAGCGCGGCUUAACAAGGGCGAUCUCCAGCAGAGCGCGCCGUUCUCAUUCCAAAACAUGGGUACCUUAGCGUAUAUCGGCGAUGCCAAGGCGUUGAUGCAGCUACCGCAGGAUAACAAUAGCAAGUAUCUGCCAGGCCAUUUGACGGGGCGUAUGGCGUGGAUGGUGUGGAACUCAGCAUACUUGACGAUGAGCAUCAGCUGGCGGAAUAAACUGCGGGUGGCAUUCCGGUGGAUGUUGAAUAACAUAUUUGGCCGAGAUGUGUCGAGAUAUUAA